GGGCCCUGCUCGCAGAGCGCCUGGAGGCGCGGCCAGCGUGCAGGCGGCUGCCCUCGGCGCGGGCUGGCCGCCAGAGGCGCCCGCCAGGCCUGGGCGCCGCGGCGCCGCCGAGGCGCGGGGCGCGGCGGCGGCGCGAUCGGCCGCCGCGGGUCCACGCGGCGGUGCCGCACUGGCGCAGGCGAUGCGCCGGCUGGAGGGCAUGCUGGCGGAGAUGGCGCGGCCCGAUCGCCGCGCUGCGCUGGAGCAGCUGCCCGCCCCAGUGAAGGCAGCGCUCGUCGGGCACAUGACAGUCCAGCGCGCGACCGCAAAGCCGCCGGUCGUCGCCGCAGCCGGGCGCGUGGGCGAUGUGGUGGCUGUCCGCGGCGCUGCUUGCCUGGCACUGCGCGGCGAACACGGCUCCUGCGCGGAACCCGCAGUCCUUAGGGGCGGCGUGCGCGAGCAGGCGGCCAAGCGCCCGCGUUCUGAAGGCGCUGCGCCUCGGCCAGCAUCCAGGAAGCUGCCCUCCCGCCCUGAGGAGGCGCCUUCCUGCCGCCACAGCGGCGCGCCACUGCAGGGAUCGGGGGGCCCCCAUGUAAUGCGAAGCGCUCCGGGCGUCCGUGGCGGCCGUGCCGCGCGGCGCGCCGAACACCACCGCUUCCGGGACGGUGUGCGCUCCGUGCGCAGCGGCGUGUUCCAGGCCACCAUCUGCUUCGAGCACCUGCUCCUGAGGUCCUGCACCACCAAGAGCCGUGCAGUGGCGCAGCAGCUGUACGCCGUCCUCGCGCGCGUGCAGGAGUUCGCCUGCGCCAGCGGCAGCAGCGCCGAGAGGGCCGCGAGCGCCGCCAGCGGCGCCAAGGCCGGCGCGCUGCCGCGCGAUCAGAUCUCCCAGCGGCUGCGGCACGCCUUGUCAGGCGCGCUGGGCGAGGCGGGCGUGCAGGCCGAGGUGCUGAGGCCGUCCUUCGCCACCUACGUGAGCUCGGGGACGUGGGCGGGCAAGAUCGAGUCGCCGACCACCCCCUGCGUGGAGCAGGCGCUCCUCUGGCGCGAGCGGCUGCUCGUUGCCCGCGGCCGCGGGUGGCCGGACCUGCGGGAGGCUUGGAUCCAGGUG